AUGAACGCUGCCGAUAUGAACUCUAUGGUGAGCGCCAUGAGUACCAUGACCAUGACUGACAUGGCGACUUCGACUGGUAAUGCGCCCAGCUCCAUGUCGACUGGCAUGUCCAGUAUGGGCGGCAUGGGUGGCAUGGGUGGCAUGGAUACGAGCUGCAAGGUCUCCGUUAGUUACUCUCCUAUCCGAUUCACAUCCAGAAACCAGCUAAUCAAUGGUCCUAAGAUGCUAUGGAACUGGAACACUAUCGGCUCUUGCUUCAUUUCUCAUUCCUGGCAUGUUCGAUCCAAUGGCGCGUUCGCUGGCUCUUGCAUUGGCACUGUUCUCCUGGUCAUCUGCCUUGAAUUCCUCCGCCGUCUCGGCCGGGAAUAUGAUGGCUUCAUCAUGCGCCGUGCCCUCAUCCGCCGUAUGUACGCUACCGGUGUCUCGACUAACGCCUCGAAGCAGACAACGGAGGCCAACCUCCAAGCCCUUAUUAGCGGCUGGGGGGACGGCGGACGCAAAGACAACAGCAACGAUCUUGCGACCAAUGAUCUUAUUACGCCAAUGACCGGUUCCACUCCGGCUGAAAGCAGCACAGAAAACCCCGCGUGUCACAAAGUGCCCGGUCAGGAGGUUGCGGAUAACUCCAUCGCCCAGCAAAAGAUCCAGAAGUUGAAAUCAGAACCUUAUCGCCCAUCCCCCGUGGAACAAGUGCUCCGGGCUCUGUUGCACAUGCUGCAAUUUGCUGUUGCAUAUUUUGUAAUGCUUCUGGCUAUGUACUACAAUGGAUACAUCAUCAUCUGUAUCUUCAUCGGUGCAUUCCUUGGAUCUCUGAUCUUUUCGUGGGAGCCAAUCUCCCUGAAUAAAGAGUAA